AUGUAUUCCCAGUUGCAUUCCGCAUUCCCGCGCAAGGCCCUGAUUUUCGAAUUUGAGUGGCGGCUGGCUCUGGAAAGCAGCCGCGACGCGCACAGCCGCCCAGAGCUAGCUCAGCCCCGCAAGGACGCACACGGAAAGGAAAGCGAGGAGGAUGGAGCGCUCAACUGGAAUGGAAUGGUGGGGAAGAGACGAGAGAGGACGAAUGCAGCGCAGCGCAGCACAGUCAAUGGCUAA